UCCCAUCUUUUAUUGAGAGCAAUCGCACCUUUUGUCACUCCUGAUCUUGAUAGAACUAAGAGUCUAAGUGUUUUGUUUUGUGCAAGUGAUCGCCAGGCUGCCUAAGCUCCUUGUUGUAACCAAGAGGUUGAUAAUGGCACAGAAGGGGGUCUUAAUCUUUGUGGUGGGAGUGAUCGUGUGUUUGACAUACCUUGGCAUUCAUCAAUUUCAAAAUAUUCCAAGGAACAAAAGCAAUCCCCAACAGUGGCCAAAAAUCAACAUUGACCCAUCGACCAUUUUCUUGGGCAAUGCUAUUGGGUCUCAUCACCUCAAACCUGAGUGGGCUUUGAUUGGAACUGAUCCCAGGGCCUACAAGGGACCCAUUGUGAAAGGGUGGCCUCCGGGCAAAUCCCGAGACAUGCACCAAAUCAUGGUCAAGGACUAUGUCAUUGAGCAAUGCUCCAAUCAAAAUCUGAGCGGAGUUAAGCUCUUCAUUGGCGUGAAAACGGUGGCAAAUCGCUUUGAAGCCCGCGAUACCACCCGAGAGACUUGGGCCUCGUUCCAGCACAACCACCCGGAUGUGAAGGUCAUGUUUUUCUCGGGCGAAGUGGAGGAUCUUCAAUUGUUGAACCAUUUGAAGUUAGAGAUUCAGGCCCACUGUGAUUUGGUAAUUGUCCAUGGACUGGAUACCUAUCAAAAUGUGACCAUGAAGACAGUGUCCAUUUUGAGCUACAUCUACGAUCAGCAAUUAGGUUUGAACCCGGAGGUAUCCAUGAUCAUGGACGAUGACUCGUAUCUGAAUCUCCAACGGUUGCAUCAUCUCAUCUCACACCGGCUUUUGGCGAGGCCAUUCGACAACGCUUUGACCGGGUUCGUUUUUGGAGGAACCUUAAUGAGACCCCCUGCUGACUCUACGAAGGAGUUCACAGACCCUUCGGUUUGUCCCACUUACAUGUACAAAGGUGAUCUAUUUCCUCCGUUUCUGAGUGGAUCGGGAUAUAUUCUGCCCCAAGCUGUGAUCCCCUGUCUCUACGAGCAGACCAGGCGUCUCCCGUUCCUUCACAUUGAUGACGUGUUUGUGACGGGCUUUUGCGCAGAAGCGUGCGGCUUCAUGCGGGUCGCUCACUCUCAAUUCUAACAAGGACACAAAAACUUUGAAGAAAUAACGUGUCAUCAAAUUGUUCUGCAUUACCAAUCAGCAGAGGAGCGCCUCCGUAUUUUUGAUAAGCUUGCCAAAGAAUGCACCUAUGAGAGUUUAUGAGACUGUUCUGUUUUUUUAAAUUAAUCAAACUUGUGUCUUGAAUCCAACUACCUUUAUGUUCUGGCCAACAAGGUGCCAAAAGUCAAGAUCAAUUUGUCAAUUUAUCAAGACCUUUUUCCAGAAAAUAUAGUUUUUUUGUGGCUUGAACAACUUCAAGUUUGAGGCCACAAGACCUACUAAGACCA